AUGUGUUCUCAAACCUUCCCGGAUGAACACAUUUUGGAUGCUUGUAGACAAGCAGUUGCAGAGGAGGGUGUGCCACUUACUGAAGGCAAUGGAAUGGGCAGCUUGUAUAUGUUCAAGGGGACUCCUGCAGCUGUCAUCCCUGGACCACCUGGUCCUCCGGGAGAAGCUGGUCCUAUGGGGUUGCCAGGCCUUGAAGGUCUCCCAGGGGAAAAGGGAGAUCGAGGACAAAUUGGUCCACCAGGAAUUGCUGGAAUACCGGGGAGGAAUGGAGCUCCAGGUCCAUCAGGAAUUCCAGGUGAACCGGGUGAGAGAGGUCCAGUAGGAGAUAUUGGCUUUCCUGGUCCCGAAGGCCCACCUGGAUCAUCGGGAAGAAACGGAAAUGAUGGAUUACCAGGUUCACUGGGAGCCCCAGGACGACCAGGUGACAGAGGUCCAAAAGGAGAACGUGGUGAUCCUGGUAUACCAGGAGAUCAAGGACCAAGAGGAAAAACAGGUCCACAUGGAGAAAAGGGAGAUACGGGACCUACUGGACCACAUGGACCAGCUGGAGAUAGAGGCUACCCUGGGCAGCCAGGAAAUGAUGGUCAGCCCGGACCACCGGGGCUUCCAGGAAUAUUGACACAAAAUAUUUCAUUUGAAGAACUGAAAAAAUAUAUUAAACAAGAAGUUUUACGAAUAUUUGAAGAGAAAAUGAGUGAUUUACUAUCUCAGCUAAAAACACCAGCUGCAUUACUAGCUGCUCAAGGAAAACCAGGUCCAACAGGAAAGGACGGGCUGCCAGGACCACCUGGAGAUCCAGGGCCACCUGGCCCUCAAGGUUUAAGAGGACAGAAAGGGGAAAGAGGUGAAUUUGGAAUUGGUCUUCUAGGGAGCCCAGGCCCCACAGGACCUACAGGUGAACCUGGCCCCCCAGGCAUUCAAGGUACUCCUGGAACUCCUGGCAUAAGUGGAAGAUGUAACCCUGGGGAUUGCUAUUAUCCCACUGCACAUGGGAGAGCCAGGCUGAAUGGAAAAUAG